AAGAAUAUGGAAGGAAUAAUUAUUAAUCGCAGUGAUCGGUCUCCAAACAACAUAAACGAUUCUUCUACUCCAUUAAACUGCCUCAAUAAUAAGCCAAACAAAUCCUCAAAUAAUCCUUCCGUUUUUCCUAUGGCUUUUCCGGUUCGGGCAACAACCAUUCUGUUUGCACUACUUUCAGUAAUGUUUAUUAUGAGUUUUCAACAUCAAGCCCAAGCAGCAUCCCUCUCAAUACCUGUCGCACAAAUGAUAGGCGAAAGCGGACUAUUUGAGCGUGAUGAUAGAGACUAUCGGCCAUUGCAAUUUGGAAAACGAGAUUAUCGGCCAUUACAAUUUGGUAAACGCGACUACCGACCUUUGCAAUUCGGAAAGAGAGAUUACAGGCCCUUGCAAUUUGGAAAACGCAGCCAUUACUGGCCAACUGAUUCGUUAGACUCGGGAGUAGAAGUGAUCGCCAAUUAA